CUGACGAAGUUCUCAUCGAUAACUUUUUCUCGUGAUCAAGUAGACAAGCCGAACACAUUUUGAAGCUUAAGCCCAUUUUAUGUGAUCUGACAAUAUGAUACUGUUAAUGCAUUUUCACAUUCUUAUUAUGUAAUUCAUGUUGAAAAUCUUCAAACCAUAGUAUUUGGAAAAGCAGUUGUAAAUGGUUAUAAUGUCUGAACAAACAUUUAAUGUUCCUGGAGUACCUCCAGAUCUCAGGAAGGAAGAAACAAUUCAUCAGAUAGCAGAUUCCUUAGAAUACUUAAAUAAGAUGGCAAAUGAUGUCUUUCAAAGGAUAAGCUCAAGAGUGACAGAAAAUCGUACAAGACUUCAAAAAAUAAAUGAUCGUGUUAAUCUAGCUCAAGCCAGAGUGGAAAAAAUAAGAGGAGGAAGUAAUAAAGCAACAAAAGUAUUUGCAUUGUCUAAAUAUCCUGGAAAAGAAAACUUUGAAGAGUACAAAAUUCUUUUUCCUAGUCAUAAUACUAAUGGUCUCACUGAGGUGCAGAGACCGCAUUAUAAAGUUCAGUCCAAGCACAAAACUGCAGAUGAUAAAACUUUGAAGGAAAAAUUACAGUUUUAUAGUGUUCAGUUCAAUACUAAGAAAAAUAAAAAAGAAGGGGAAAAUGUACAUGAAGGUCUUGGUGGACUGCCAAAAUCAGUAACUUCAACUAGUUCUCUAUUAUUGUUUAAUACUCCAGAAAACUUAUAUAAAAAGUAUGUGAUGUUAGAUCCACUAGGAGUAGUGACGAAGACAAGAGCAGCCAUAGAGGAAGAGGAUGAAUUAGCUGAUGCUCCAAGUACUAUUGCUCAUCGAGAGGAGAUGCAAAGACUUCAAGCAGAGAAUUACUUUUACAUGCCAGAUAUUGGAAUUGUUCCAGAGAUUGCAGUACCAGAUUUUCUUCCUAACUUAUUAGGUGUUGCUGAUGAUUUAUCGUACAGUGCUGACCAAGGACCUUCUAUAGCACCUUCAGUGUUUGGAUCUAAUAUUCCUGAUUUACCAUCAGUAGUUCCUGAACCUGACAUUAUUCCAUCCGUUCCUGACAUUGUAUCAUCACCAGGACCUGCUAAUUCUGCUCCGCCACCUCCUCCUCCGGCUGGAGCACCACCACCUCCCCCACCAGCUGGAGCACCUCCGCCUCCACCCCCUCCUCCUCCUCCCCCUGCAGAUAUGCCUCCACCCCCACCACCACCGCCUCCUCCUGGUGGUGAUGGUCCUGUUGCUCCUCCUCCCAAAGAAGUUCCAGCUGAAGUGACAGAAGGGGACGGUAGAUCAAGUUUAAUGGAUGCCAUUAGAAACGCAGGAGGAUCGGGAAAAGUUAAGCUUAAAGCUGUUACUGAACGAAAAGCAGAUAAAAAGAAAGAAAAAGAAAAGGUUAAAUCUUCUGGAGGUGGAGAAGUGAGUUUAAUGGAUGCAUUGAAAGAUCGAUUAACUGGCAGGAGAAAAGGUAUAUCUGGUGCAGGAAGUGGUAAAAGUGAAAAAACAGACAGUAGUCCCUCAACAGGUGGGGGAUCAGUCAUGGACAAAAUAUCAUCAAAAAUACCUGCUCCUCCAGCACCACCCGGGGGUAAUGAUGAGGAGGAAGAUUGGGAUUAAGGAACUAUUGUACUUACAACAUACAAUUACACUUUAAUUUAUGAUUAUGUUUUAGCCCACAUUGCCAAAAAGUGACAUGUGUGAGUUAUUGCUAUCACAUUGUAUCCACUGACAUAUAAUAAA